AUGGGUUCUCUUGGCUCUUUCCAGCAGACCAAAUCGCUUUCCGAUGUCAAAAACAAGAAGCUGUUGCAUUAUAAGGGCUUCAUUGACGGACAAUGGGCCGAUGCCGCUUCGGGGAAAACUUUCGAUUUGAUCGAUCCUGGCACAGGUGAAAAACUGGCCACUUUUCCUGAGAUGGGGGCGGCAGACACAGCCCGAGCCAUUGAGAGUGCUUCCAAAGCUUUCGCUUCGUGGAAGAAUACCUCAGGCCGGGACCGUGCGCGGAUGCUGAGGAAGUGGAAUGAUUUGUGUCUGGAGAACACAGAGGACUUUGCCUUGAUCAUCACUCUGGAGACGGGCAAGCCGCUGUACGAAGCGAGGGCCGAAGUCAUCUACGCCUGCAGCUUUCUUGAGUGGUUUGCCGGCGAAGCGGAGAGGACUCACGGUGAAAACAUUUAUACCGCCAACAGAAAGCAGCGACUCGUCACAAUGAAACAGCCGAUUGGCGUGGUUGGAUGUCUGAUGCCCUGGAACUACCCGAUGGCCAUGAUUACCCGCAAGGCUAGCGCCGCCAUCGCUGCUGGAUGUACCACGAUCUGGAAACCGGCCGGCGAGACGCCCUUGUCUGCCGGUGCCAUGGCCGUCCUGGCCAUGGAGGCGGGCAUUCCCGCCGGCGUGAUUCAAAUCAUCACCAGCUUGACCACCGUCGCCGAGGUCGGCAAGGAAAUCUGCACGAACAAAAUCGUCAAGAAGGUCAGCUUCACGGGAAGCACGAGAGUCGGUCGACUGUUGAUGGAACAGUGUGCGCCGACCGUGAAGAAACUCAGCUUGGAGCUCGGAGGAAAUAGUCCCUUCAUCGUUUUUGAUGACGCUGACGUUGACGUCGCGGUCGAGGCGGCCGUUAUGGCCAAGUUCAGAAACACUGGCCAGACAUGUGUGGCCGCCAACCGGAUCUACGUCCAAGACGGUAUCUAUGACAGGUUCGCCACAGCUUUGUCUAACACUAUUUCGACGUUCAAGAUUGGUCCGGGAACUCAGGAUGGCGUCUUCGUUGGACCUUUGACUCAUGAAAACGUCCUGUCGAAAGUGCUCACCCAUAUCGAAGAGGCAAAGACCCACGGAGGCAAGAUCAUCUUGGGCGGCAAACGCGUUGACGGAACCAAAGGGUAUUAUGUCCAGCCAACCAUUAUUACAGAUAUGCCGCGCGACACCAUCACCGAGCGAGACGAAGUUUUCGGUCCGGUCCUGCCCCUGUACAGAUUCCACACCGAGGAGGAAGUCAUCGAACUCGCGAACAACGUCGAGGUUGGGCUGGGAGCCUUUGUCAUGACAUCCAGCAUGCCCCGGCAGUGGCGCGUUGGUGUCGUCGGUGUGAACAUUGGGCUUCUCUCGGCAGCGGAGAACCCGUUCGGCGGCGUGAAGCAGUCCGGCUUCGGCAGGGAAGGUGGACGUCAAGGUAUUGACGAGUACCUAGUGCUGAAGAGCAUGUUCUUAAACGUUGCGAGUGGUUGA